CGUAAUUGUCGCAAUCAUUAAUGAUUGUCCGGUAUAUAUACACGCUGUGGGACAGAAGUCCAUCAGUACGAGCCGUGUAAUCCUCAACAAUGUUCAGAAAUAUUAUUGCUAUCUCCGCCAUCUUGGCCCUGACAUCUGCCGCCCCACUCCUGGUGGCUGAUGACCACCUCCUGCACGUUCCACUCGGCAAGUCCACCAUCACGCAGUCCGCUCAGCUGGUGGACCAUGGCAGCACCUACCACGCCCUCCCAGUCUUGCACACAGUCGGAACCGCGAAGAAGACCAUUACCCAGAGCAACCAAGUUGUGAACCAUGGAGGAACCGCCAUCCUGCACACUCCUGUCCACUACGAGUACCCCAGGAUGGUGGAACACGUGGUCGCCCACCCCAUAGUCCACGCUCCAGUGGUGUCUGUCCACCAUUCGCCCGUGGUGUACCACUCGCCGCUGCUGGUGAAGAGUGGUGACUCCGCUGUGUCCCAUCACAGCUCCACCACCCACGAGACCGUUCCCGUGGUAAACUCCGUACCUUUGUAUUACCAUUGAUUUAGUUUGAAUAAAUUAUUUAUUUGAA